AUGAAGGGAGUGAUGUGGUUUGGUAGAAAGGGUAAACUCAUUCCUCGUUGUAUCAACCCUUAUGAGAUUAUGAGAAGAAUUAGGAAGGUGGCUUUUAAGUUGAAAUUACCAUCUGAGAUGGCCAUGGUACAUCCUAUGUUUCACACUUCAAUGUUGAGGUUGUAUAAACCAGAUCCUUCUCAUGUCUUGACUCGUGAAGAGAUUGAAAUCAACGAAGGGUUGUCUUAUGAAGAGGAGCCGGUUCAGAUCUUAGAUCGACAAGAUAGAAGGUUAAGGACGAAAGAUGUGGCUGAGGUGAAAGUCUUAUGGCGAUAUCAUAAUACUGAAGGAGAAACUUGGGAAGUAGAGGAAGACAUGAAGAAGAGAUACCCCUACCUAUUUCUUAUUACAGAUGCUAUGGUUGUGGGGAAUCCUUGUGAGGAUCACAUUGUUUCUUUUGGAAGUUAG